AUGAAAUAAAAAAAAUAACCAUAGACUCCUGAAUAAAUAAUAUAUAUUUUGAGGUCUUUUAAAAGUUAUAUUGGGAAAACUAAUUCAAUGAGUCCAUAGACAAGGUGCUAAACUUGUGUUUAGACUGUGAAAAAAGAGGCAAAACAAACUUUUGAUUGUAUAGUGAAAUAGUCAAUUGGGAAGAUGUAGGAUUAAGAAGAAGGGAAGGAGGGUAUGGAGGAGAAGAUAGAAUUAUUGUCACAUUAAAUAAAGAAUAUGUAAAUAAAUUAAGAAUAAUUGGAGAGUCAACAUUAUUAAUUAAGUAGAAAUGUUAAGAAGCUAAAUCUCGAGAAUAAACAUUAAUUGCAAGUAAGAAAUAAGUAUGAUUAAUUAAGGAAAGGAGUUAGAUGAUUAAAAAAUUAGAUUAUAUGAUUGAUAUCCAGACAAAGUAGGAAGAUAAUUUAAAUUAAUUAAAGUAACUAUUUGCCUCUCGAAAAAUAAUUUGA